AUGGCAGUACCAGCAUCGCAGCCUAAAAAGAAAUGUGCCGUCCUAGGAGCCACAGGCUCUGUGGGCCAACGGUUUAUUCUCCUUCUGGCCAACCACCCAAUGCUUCAUUUACAGGCCGUUGGAGCUUCGUCAAGGUCAGCUGGCAAACUAUACAAAGACGCCGUCAGAUGGAAGCAAGCUAGACCGAUGUCCACCGAGCUUGCCAAUCUCGAGGUCAGGGAAUGCAAAGCAAGCAACUUUACAGACUGUGACUUGGCCUUUUCUGGCUUGGACAGCGAUGUCGCUGGAGAAGUCGAAAUGGAAUUUUUGAAGGCAAAUAUUCCUGUUUUCUCGAAUGCAAAGAACUAUCGCAGGGAUCCGCUCGUCCCGCUGGUCGUGCCAACAGUCAAUCUUUCGCAUCUGGCUCUGAUUCCCCACCAGCGGAAGCAUUUUGGUCUCGAUAAAGGAUUCCUGGUCUGCAACUCAAACUGCGCCGUCAUCGGUAUCGUCAUCCCCUUUGCAGCACUACAAGCAAAGUUCGGACCGGUCGAGGACGUCGAGGUAUUCACCGAGCAAGCAGUGUCAGGCGCUGGCUACCCAGGUGUGGCCAGCAUGGACAUUAUGGAUAACGUCAUCCCUUAUAUAUCGGGAGAAGAGGACAAGCUCGAGACCGAGGCCCAAAAGAUAUUGGGCUCGAUCAACUCGGAUGCGACUGCGUUUGAAGAACAGUCCGGCCUGACAGUUGGUGCUACGUGCACGAGAGUCGGUGUGACAGAUGGCCACAUGGCCUUUGUGUCUUUGCGAUUCAAGCAGAGACCUGCACCCACUGCCGAGCAGGUGAAGGCGGCCCUGAGGGAAUAUGUGGCCGAUGCGCAGAAGCUGGGAUGCCCUUCGGCUCCAGAGAAGGCCAUUGUUGUCUUUGACGAGCCCGACAGGCCUCAGCCACGGCUUGACAGGGACAUCUCCGGAGGAUAUGCGGUUAGUGUGGGCAGGGUUCGAGAGACCGCCAAAGGGUCACACUUUGACAUCAGGUUCGCGGCAUUGAGCCACAACACCGUCAUUGGAGCGGCUGGUUCUUCAAUUCUGAAUGCAGAGGCUGCGAUCAUCCAGGGUUUGCUGUAA